AUGUUUUUUCAAAUUGUCUUUGUGUUUAUCGCAUUAAUUUCUGUUAUCAGUGCUACUGCCACAGGAACUAUUAAGGGUAGGUUAGAUUUAGCAGCAAACAAUAUCACUGGCUUUGUUUCAACCAGAACAAGUUUCAAGCUUUACCAGAUUGGCAAUUUUUCAACUAAAUAUCCUCAUACUGCUACGGCCAUAUUUCAAGACGAUGAAGGUCAUUUUGAAUUCUCGAAUCUUCCUCUAAACGAAGGUGUUAACGAAACCACAUACUAUGUGAUGUAUCCAGCAUCCAUGGACUUCAAUUUGAAGCCGAAUAGAAUUCUUAUUGAGUUCAAGAAUCUAGAAAAUGGCACUUUACAAUUAAACGCAUUCAAAAACCUUUUUGGAAGAGAAAAUUUUCCAUCAAAAGAUAUAAUAUAUCCAGAAAAGUUAGAAUCUAUGAAGGUAGACCCCUACAUUAAAGUUGAGCUUUUACACAAGGCCCCAAUUAGGUCUUAUUUGCAAGCUAGAAAUGUCAGUAUAUUCUCUACAGGUAUUAUUGGUAGUAUUUUGAACUCACGUUGGAAAUUGGCGGGUGUUAUUACAUUGAUUGCCCUCGUCGUUUUCCCCAUCAUAGUGGAAAAGUUAGAUCCAGAGACAGCACGUGCCAUUAGAGAGGAGACAAAAAGAAAACAAAGAGAGAAGUAUGGGGCAGUUGCAUCAAAAUAG